UGUGCUAUUUUUUAAUCGAAUAUGGUUCCAUCACCAAUAGUCACCACUAUCAUUUUUUGGUUGAUUAUUAUUGCUUUUUGCUUUUCCUUUACCUUUGCUUUAGAUAAUGGCUUGGCUAGAACUCCACCUAUGGGUUAUGACACCUGGAACUUUUAUCAUUGCCAAUAUGAUGGUGAAACACUUAUGAAGACAGCUAAAGCUAUGAAGGACGCUGGAAUGUUGGAACUUGGUUACGAAUACAUUUAUCCUGAUGAUUGUUGGGAAGCACCAGAAAGAGCACCAGAUGGGUCUUUACAACCCAACCCUUUUAAGUUUCCUCAUGGUAUUAAGCCAGUGAUUGAUUAUAUUCAUUCUUUGGGUUUUAAGUUUGGUAUCUAUAAUUGUGCUGGUACUCGUACAUGUGCAGGUUUUCCUGGUAGUUAUGGCCAUUAUGAGGAAUAUGCCCAACAGUUUGCUGAUUGGGGAGUUGAUUAUAUCAAGUUUGAUUGGUGUAAUGUACCUUUUUGGGAAUUUCCAGGAUGGAGUCAUGAACAAGUUGCUCAGAAACUCUAUUCAGACUUUAGAGAUGCAUUGAACAAGACAGGAAGACAUAUAGUGUUUAGUAUGUGCAAUGGAUGGGAUCCCGAUGUCUAUCCUUGGAGAUGGGCAUCUGAUGUUGCCAAUUUAUGGAGAACAACGGAUGAUAUUGCAGAUAAUUAUGAUGUGAUGCGAGACCGUUAUGAACAGAAUAUUUUACAUGGUUCUAAAGCAGGACCUGGGCAUUGGAACAACCCAGAUAUGUUGGAAGUAGGAAAUGGGGGAAUGACCACGGAAGAAUAUAUCACCCACUUUAGUUUAUGGUCCAUCAUGGCCGCACCUCUUGUGGUUGGAACGGAUGUCAUCAACAUGACGGAAGCCACCAAGAUGAUAUUGACCAAUAAGGAAGUGAUAGAUGUGGAUCAAGAUGUGCUUGGUGUUCAAGGAAUACGUGUGAAGAGUGACAUCGCACAAGAUGUUGUCACGAAACCAUUAGCAAAUGGAGAUGUUGCCAUUGUUCUUUUCAGUAGUAAUGGUCCUGGAGUCAUCAACACUACAAUUGAACAAGUAAGAAUGCCAUCAUAUUAUGAUGUCUACAUUCUCCGAGACUUGUGGACCAAACAAGAGACCACCAUUCGUCAUUUUAUAUCGGCAUAUGUUCAAGGCCAUGGUGUGAAAAUGUAUCGCAUUCGUCCAGGAAAGCCUCAAGAUGCUCCACCUCAUCAUGUCAUUUAUUUCAAUCCUUCUCCGAUGAUGUUGACAGAAUCACCUAAACGUUAUGGAGCAUCGUUGAGAAUUGAAAAUGUGGGAGCAUCCACUAUGCAACAUGUGCAUGUACAACUCAAUAUUUCUUCCCAAGUCAAAGUCAUUCCAUUAACUGCCAUGAAAUAUGACUCUAUUCAUGAAAUGGAACAAGUGGAAGUUUCAUGGCAUUUCGAUCUGCCUAGUGAUAAGUAUUCUGGUUCUUAUCCUGUGACGGUAACCGUUUCUUAUACUUAUCCUUAUGCACCUUUUGGAGCACGUCUUUCAGACACAUUGGAUACCAGUAUCUAUAUUCCUGACUUGGUUCAAUUGGGUAAAGAGGGUACUUGCCAUUGUUCUUCUUCUUCGUGAGUGUUUUCAUUUUGUGUGGAAAAUAAAAAAAAAUUCACUUGC